GUGCAAGUGUAGAAAACAACUUAUAGAAAUCUGAUACAGUAUUUGCUGCGUCAUAGGCUUUUCCCCCAUCAGAUUGCAUGUUAUCGCUUCUUCAAAGCGUAUGGACACUGAUCAGCGGUUUCUAAAAAGUUCUCAGUGUGUUAUUCUGUAUUUUCUAAACAAACUAAGCGUAAUUUUGGAAAUUUCGCUUGUGAUAGAAGAAUUAUGUUGCUGUUACUACUGGCAAUAAGUUGUUUAGCGUUGACUUCGGAGACUAAUGCAGAAAGUAAAGAAGCGUGGGGCUAUGUCAAUAUCAGAAAAGAUGCUUAUAUGUUCUGGUGGUUGUAUUACACUGAUUCAGCUGCAGACUAUUCUAAGUUUCCUUUAGUUAUUUGGCUUCAGGGUGGUCCUGGUGCAUCUUCUACUGGUUAUGGUAAUUUUAUGGAAAUAGGACCAUUAGAUGUGCACCUCAAUCCAAGAAAUUCUACUUGGUUGAAGAAGGCAAAUUUACUCUUCAUUGAUAAUCCUGUGGGAACUGGAUUUAGUUAUGUGACCAAUAAAUCUGCGCUGGCUACAAAUAAUAAACAGAUUGCUGAUGAUCUAGUUUCAACUUUGAGUUCAAUAUUAGAUACUGUUCCUGAAUUUCAGAAAUCUCCUCUUUAUAUCUUCAGUGAAUCAUAUGGUGGAAAAAUGGCUGUGGAUUUCGCUUUAGCUCUGUCAAAGGCUGUCAAGUCCAAGAAUAUUACUUGCAAUUUAAAAGGUGUGGCUUUAGGGGAUUCAUGGAUCUCACCUCUGGACUCUGUAUCAACUUGGGGUCCAUAUUUGUACACAAUGUCCUUACUGGAUCUUACUGAUUUAAGAAGUGUUAAAGCUGGAGCGUAUGAAAUUAAAAAGUCAUUGAGCUCUGGAAAUUUCAAACAGGCCACUGAUCAGUUUUCAAAAUUACAAGAUCUUAUAAAGAAUUGCACUAAUUCUGUUGAUUGGUACAAUAUUUUAAAAACUGAAGGCCCUGAGCCGAAAAAGUCUGUGAAUAAAUUGUCAAGGAAUCAUAGAUUAUAUAAAUUGUUUUCAAGGCAAGUAGAACCAUUUCAUGGCGAUGCUUUAACUGACUUAAUGAAUGGAAAAAUUCGCCAGAAACUGCAUGACAUACCACCGAACGUUACUUGGGGAGAACAGUCUUCAGAUGUUUUUGCAGCUUUAGCAGAAGAUUUUAUGAAGCCAGUGGUCGAAUCAGUGAAUACUCUUCUUAUUAAUGAAACUUACAUUGAUGUAAAUGUGUACACUGGACAAUUGGAUCUCAUUGUGGAUACUCUAGGAACUUUACAAUGGAUUGAUAAACUUAAAUGGCCUGGUUUGAAAGGUUUCAUGAACGGUCCCAAGAAAUCCAUCAACUUUCCAGGAGGGCGCACUGGUGGUUUUCUAAAAUCUUUCAAGCAAUUUAGUCUUUUUUGGAUAUUGAAAGCAGGUCAUAUGGUUCCUGCUGAUGCACCAGAAACUGCUCUUCAAAUGUUGGACAUGAUUUUGUCAAAAAAGAAAUAAUUAGAUUCAAUAUGCUUCUUUGUUUAAAAUGCUCUCUGAAUAUUAAAAACUACUUACGAGUGAAAGAAAAAGACAACCUUGUGUGAAUAUCAGUGCUAGUAAAUUUCAUAAUUUUUUUUUUUAUCAUUUACUGAAAUACACAUAUAAUUCAUUCAUAGUAUAUUUUUCCUGUAUAUGUGUUUUUCCAUGAAGUAUAUUACAUGGUAUAGCAAAAUUAAGAAACCUUUGGGAAUUUUUUUACAGAAAAUUAAGUUGUUGCUAUGUAAGGUUUAAAAAAAAAAAAAAAAAAAAAAAAAAACGUUUCUAAGGAAAUUUUUCAUGAAAAAGAUUUUAUCAAGAAAAAAUGUAUCUUAAAUAAUGUUGUAAAUCAGAUGGACAUUACUUAUGAUCAUUGUACAUCCAAUAUUUAGUUCUUUGUUUUUGGCAUAAGUCUAUUACAGUAUCCUUAUCAAUUAGAUUUGUAGUGUCUUCCAAAAUAAGGCUUAAAAUAUCUUUUAUCUAGACACGUACCGAGUACUCGGUAACUACUCAGUACUCGGCCAAGUUAUGGUCAGUUACUCGGUCAAUAUCGAGUAGUUGUAAAAAAUUGAAUAUUGUUCAAAGCAGAUUUUACAAUUUUAUAAAAAAGUGCAAGCACAUAAUAUACUGUAAUCAUUUACAAUUCAAAUUUACAAGUCAAAUUCAAGUUUGAGAAUAAUGAAGUUGGAUAUGCUUCAAUGGAGUAAAUCUUAAAUUUCAAUGCACCAAAGUUAAUGAAAUUUAUUUAUUAAAAAUGGCGGGGGGGGGGGGAACUAAGUACAGAAAAUAUGAAACUUUGAUAUUAUUAAAUGGAUUUUUGCCAUAAACAAAAUCAUUUAUAAGAAGCAUAAAAUACCUUUUCUUAAAAAAAAAAAAAAAAUAUUAAAAGCACAAAUGUGCAGGAACACUUCAGACAAGUGUUUUGGUAUAACAAGGAAUGCUUUUUUCAAUGUACAAAAUGUGAUGUAUUUAAAGACAUUCGACAAAGUCGUUUUUUUUUUUAAAUUCAUUAGCUCACAUUUUAUGCACUGAAAAAGAUGUUCCUUGUAAUGCAGAAACACGUGUCUGCAGUGCUCCUGCACAUUUGUGCUUUCAAUGUUGUUUCAUUUGCUUUUGAAAAUCAUUUACAUUUAGCGGACUAGAAGUAUAUAGAUUGAUAUAAUUUAUUUUAAUUCCAAAUUUAUUAAUCCUAAGAUUUAUUCAUUUGUUAAUUUUUAAUUUAAAAAGUAACUUAUUUGUAAAAUUGUUGACACAAACAAAAUCUUUUACAUAAUGCGUAAUUAAAUUUCAGCUGGAAUUUUGUUUUAAAAACCAUUGUUUGAACAUGGAGGUCUAUACUACUAUUCCAACGAGUUCAAAGUUGGUUACGUGUGUGUCGGUGGUUCUUCUUAAAACAUAAUUGGAACUCGGUAUUCGGUAACCCGGUACUCAGCCGAAUAGUAAAAGGCCGAGUACUUGGUACUCGGUCAAAGUGCUACUCAGUACGUCUCUACUUUUAUUCAUGCAUUAUGUUUAAAAUCUCUUAUGAUGUGUUACUACAGCUAAAGAUUUUUACUGCUUUGUUCUGAAAAUGCGCUACUAAUCAGUUUAUGUUUAGAGGAACUUCUUCCACUGUAUAAAUCAUAUUGUUCUUUAUUCUGUAUUAACAUUCAUCACCUCUCAAUAGAGCAAUUUAUUCUGAUGUGUCUGCUGCAUACUGCGCGGGUCUCUAGAUGGCAGUUGUAUAUAACUUUUGUGCUUAAUUGUAUGUAGUUUUCUAAAAAGCAUUUAUCUUUUGUAAAUAAAAAAAGUUUUUC